AUGAGCAAGCGAAUUAUUGUCACGGGUGGAUCAGGCAAGGCUGGCCGAAACCUGAUCGAACAUCUCCUGUCUCAAGGCCACGAAGUCCUGAACCUGGAUCUAGCGCCACUCCUUCCACCCCUCAACCAACAUGUCCACACCUUACAGACGAACCUGGCCGAUGCAGGCCAAGUCUACAGCGCCCUAAUGUCGCAUUUCAAAUUAUCUGAGCCGUUCCCAGCCCCGGAGCCCCGCCCCGACGCAGUCAUCCAUCUCGCCGGGUACGCGCGCAACAUGCUGGUGCCGGACAAUGAGACCUUUCGCGUGAACACCGCGGCGACGUACAAUACCGCUGAGGCGGCGUGCCGCCUCGGUAUUAAGAAGAUCGUCCUUGCGUCCUCGAUCUGUGUGUACGGGGUGACAUAUGCCGAUGGAGACGUCGAUUUUCCAUCGAUUCCGGUCGACGAGGAGGUAGAUGUGAAUCCAAUGGAUGUGUAUUCGCUCUCGAAAGUCUGCAGCGAGAGGAUAGGGAGCUCAUUUGCGAGGCGAUUUGGUGUAGAUGUCUAUGCCCUGCGCAUCGGACCCGUCAUCGCGCCCGACGAAUAUGAGAAGGCAUUUGCGAGCUAUGCCAGUGAUCCGGCGAGGUGGAAGGUCCACGGGUGGUCAUACACGGAUGUCAGGGACCUUGCAAAGAUGUGCAGUCUCUGUAUCGAGAAGACUGGCCUGGGGUUCCAGGUCUUCAACGCAGUCAACGAUUGUAUCACUAAUCAGAUCCCGACGGUCGAGUUUCUCCACAAACGAAGCGUUGAAGAAACAAAAGUAGCAUGUUGGUCCUCUCGCGAAUGUGGCCAAUCGCAGAUCCUUUAA